AGUGGCCCGUCCACAGGGUACUUUGAGCCCUCUUUCUCAGCUGCUGGAAUACAUAAAGACGUGUGCGUGGCCGAUCUUCCUACAGUUGAGCCUCUGGAGUUGUUCCACAUGCCUGCUUGUCAGCAACUUGGGCUAACUGUAGAGUUUAAAAGCAUUUCUGGAAGUGUGCCUUUUGCCAGCGAAAGGGAGACCAUUUAAGCAUCCACCAUGCGGGUAGCUGUGAUUGGAGCCGGAGUGAUCGGGCUGUCCACAGCCCUCUGCAUCCAUGACCGAUACCACUCAACAGAUCAGCCGCUGGAGAUAGAGGUCUACGCUGACAAAUUUACCCCUCACACCACCAGCGAUGGGGCGGCCGGACUGUGGCAGCCCUACCUGUAUGACAAGGGGAACACUCAAGAGACGCUCUGGAACAAAGAGACUUUUGAUUAUCUAUUCCAACACAUUAAUUCCCCAGAAGCCAAGGAGAUGGGGUUGUUUCUGCUCUCCGGAUACAAUAUCUUUACACAGCCAGUCCCAGAUCCAUCAUGGAAGGAUAUUGUUUUAGGAUUUAGGAUCUUGUCACAGAAAGAGCUUGAGUUAUUCCCGGGUUACAGCUAUGGCUGGUUUAAUACAGCGCUGAUGCUAGAGGGCAAAAGCUAUUUACCCUGGCUUACAAACAGGUUGCAGCUGCAGAGGGUCAAGUUCUUUCAUCGGAAGAUUGAGUCCUUCCAGGAGUUGACGGCUCAAGGUGUGGACGUUAUAAUCAACUGUACUGGUGUUCGUGCCGGGGAGCUGCAGCCCGACCCUGAGUUGCGCCCAGGCCGGGGGCAAAUCAUCAAGGUCGAGGCCCCGUGGGUGAAGCAUUUCAUCAUCACCCAUCAUAUUGCAUCUGGGAUCUAUAAGACACCUUACAUCAUACCUGGGAGCAAUGCCGUGACCUUGGGGGGGAUAUUUCAAUUGGGAAACUGGAGUGAACAGAACAGCCCCCAGGACCACCAGAAAGUUUGGCGUGGAUGCUGCCACUUGAUGCCCAGCCUCCAGAAAGCCAAGAUUGUUGACGAAUGGUGUGGUUCCCGUCCAGUACGGCCAAAAGUCCGGUUAGAACAUGAGGUUGUUCAGCAUGGAACGUUACAGUCGGAGGUGAUUCACAACUAUGGCCACGGUGGCUUUGGACUCACCAUCCACUGGGGUUGUGCGAUGGAGGCAGCCAGGUUAUUUGGGAAGAUUCUAGAGGGCCGGAAGUCGGCCAGGCCACCCCGUGCCAACCUCUGAGUAUGUGGCAGCAGCUCAGCAAGUCUCCUCCUUUGCGUUCCCCCCCCCACACACCUUUCCAACUGCAUUUCAUCCAUUACAGCAUUUCAUUUGCCCGUUAUAAGAUCUCUGUAACGUUUAGAAUUGGUGCCGGAGUGUCCUUGUUUUCCUUCUCCCCCCUCCCUCACCAUCUCUUUUUCCUUUGGUGUCGUGUUCUUUUUAGAUUGUAAGCCCAAGGGCAAGGCCUGCCUUGUGUUUAUUGACCUGUAAGCCGCUCUGGGAGCCAUUCCAACCGAAGAGCAGAGUGUAAAUGCUUUAAAUAAAGCCCUUCAGGGUGGAUCUAA